AUGAGCGGGAGACCACCCCCUCGCAAGGGGCGCAGCCGCGGCAACAACCACUCCUACAACAAUGGCGGCUCCCGAGAAAGCAACGCCCGCUACGCCCAGCAAUCCGAUUACGAUAGCGACGCCAUCAACUCGAGCUACGCGGUCCAGCCCAGCGAUGCCGAGAACCGCAUGUACGACCCCAAAAACUACGUGCCAGAAGUGGACGGUUCGGCUACCUAUGCGCACACCACCCGUACCAACUACGAGCUCAACAUGUCGGUACUGAAGCGCUACAUCUCUGGUCUCCGCCACCUUCCCUUGACCUGCUCCUUCGUCCGGCUCUACGAGUGGUCGCAAACAACAAACUCGUGGGAACUGCGCGAUGUCGAGGGUCCCAUGUUCCUUUGCGAGUGCGACCCUAUCAUACUCCCCAACGGUCACGAACUACCACAAACCAACCUCUUUGUGCUGAAUCGACGUAGUAUGGAGAAUCUCACUAUCAACCUCUCCAAGGUCGAGAUGUACGAGGCCACCAACGAGAAGUUUCUAAGUCUGAAAAUGGAGGCCGACGAAGCGGGACCCGGGCGGGCACUCGGCUUUCAUCUACACAGCACUGAGGAGAAAGAAGCAGGAGACUCCCAGGGCCAGUGUCCCGUGGAGCAUCCCGACUGGGGUCUUAUUCAGGACCAUUGGGAGAAGGCAAGGGCAGCUUUGAGCGCGGCUAAUGACCAGGUCGUCGGAGCCCAUUAUGAGCAGAGCGUACCGAGCAAUGGGUCUGCCGUGGCAGAUUAUGCACAGGCGCCGGCACCAUGGGCAUCUCUGGGAGCGUUCGGUGGAAGUAGUGAAGGCACCGGCAACGCCAUCAUGCCACCCGCAAUAUCUUCCCCAUGUUCAAGGCCAUCGUCACCGUCAAACACCAUCAUUAGCCUACCUGAAAAUCUUCGUCAAGUCUUGCAAACUCAAAUCGAUCUCAUCUUGUCGUUUCAGGCUUGGCUCGACAACCAGACCACCCCGAUCGGAUGUGAUGCCUCAUCAUGGCACAAAGUCAACUACAAGCUGGGAUGUCAAGUUCUCGGAUACAGGAGCCGCAUGGCGGGCUAUCAAGGAGAUUAUCAAGAGCAAAGCCAUCGAACGAUCUUGGCAAUACCCGCCGAGGCAUGGAAGCUGCAAGUGCACGAAAGCGAACCUGAUGAACCCAUGCUCAUUAUAACGAUGGGCGGAGAUGACCCAAUUGUUGAGGUCAAGUUCGAGAACCGACACCAACUGGAGUCUGCUAUGGGGGACAAGUACUUCGGCUACAUCGCCAAAGUAUUCCAAGCCUUUGACCAAGCCGAGAAUGAUCUCGUCCAACUAUUUCGCAUGGCACGAGAGAUGGCGCUAGAGAGUUCAGACCUUAGUCAACCACCAGAGGAAACAGUACAGAAACAUAUCGACUUGCUCAAAGAGUACAACGACAUGAAGGAUAUCGGUCAGCAGCUCAUCGGCUUGAUUGCUGAUAACAAGGGGGUGUCUAUCGGUGCUUUAUAUGAAGAUGGGCAGUACGGGGUGACUGCUGAUGACUGA